AUGUCGUUCAAUGAAAAGUUUCAGGCUGGUGAGUCGUACGGGGACUCUAAGGAGGAUCCGGCGAGUCUGCUGAAUAACCCUGAGAAACUCGUUGCGGACCUCAUGAAGGACUUUGCUGGUGUUCGAAGCCAAGCUAGUCCUGCUCAACUCCUCGGCCUUGUCAAGGAACUUCUCCAAAAGGGCCAGCCUCUUGAUGACAAGAAGGGAACUACUGAACUCCUCAUCGGUAUCCUCACUGCCCUUCCUGCAUCCUCCAAAGCUCGCACAGCUCUCACAAACAAACUCAUCGACACCCUCUGGGGCAACCUUCAACACCCGCCAUUGAGCUACGUCGGCGGCGAUGUCAAGUACGAUGUCGUCAACUCUGAUAAGCCAGCCCACAAGCAUAACUGCGACCUCUACGAUACAAUUGAGUUCAAAGUCCCAGGCACUGAUGUUCUUCUUCGAGAGCAAGUGCCCCAAGCUCCAGAUGGUCUGCAUCAGUACCGCAUGCCAGACGGUAGCUUCAACAACAUCCUUGAGCCUAACCUAGGCAGAGCUGGUACACCGUAUGCCAAGUCUGUCAAGUCAGAGAAGAGACUUCACGGUGUUAAGCCUGACCCUGGUUUGUUGUUUGAUCUUCUCAUGGCGAGAGAUGAGACGACGUUUCAGGAGAAUCCAGCGGGUAUCUCGUCAAUGCUGUUUUACCACGCUGCGAUUAUCAUUCACGAUAUCUUCCGUACAAACCGUACAGAUAUGAACAAGUCUGAUACCUCGUCGUAUCUUGAUCUUGCGCCGCUGUAUGGUUCUUCACUGAAGGAUCAGCUUGAGAUUCGUACCAUGGAGAAGGGCAAGCUUAAGCCUGAUACCUUUCACGAGAAGCGUCUUCUUGGUCAACCAGCUGGUGUCAACGUCAUGCUUGUACUGUACAGCCGUUUCCACAAUUACGUGGCUGACAUUCUGCUGAAGAUCAAUGAGAAUGGACGCUUCUCAAUGUCAGUACCGGCUAACGCUUCCGAGGAAGAAAAGGCAAAGGCUAUUGCAAAGCAAGAUCACGAUCUCUUCAAUGUAGCUCGUCUGAUAACUGGUGGCUUGUACAUCAACAUCUGCUUGCACGACUAUCUUCGUGCCAUCACCAACACUCACCACUCCGCGAGUGACUGGACUCUCGAUCCUCGUGUUGCAAUUGACAAGCAAUUCGACGGCGACGGUGUCCCUCGAGGUGUUGGCAACCAAGUCAGCGUUGAGUUCAACCUCCUCUACCGCUUCCACUCUUGCAUCUCCAAGCGAGACGAGAAAUGGAUCAACAACUUCUUCCUCAAACUGUUCCCCGGCCGCAAGGCUGAGGAUCUCCAGGACGUCAGCUGGACUGAACUUGGACAGGCUCUGCUCACUUUUGAGAAAAACACUCCCAAGGACCCUAGCGUUCGUACCUUUGAUGGCCUUGAGCGUCAGGCUGACGGUACUUUCAAAGAUGAGGAUCUUGUCCGUAUUCUCAAGGACGCCAUGGAGGAUCCUGCUGGAACUUUCGGUGCUCGUAUGGUCCCCAAGGCUCUCAAGGUCGUUGAGGUUCUGGGCAUCAUUCAGGGCCGCAAGUGGCAGUGUGCUUCGUUGAAUGAGUUCAGAGAGUUCUUUGGUCUUAAGCGCUAUGAUUCGUUCAGCGAGAUCAACUCGAACCCUGAUAUUGCGAAUAUUCUGGAGAAGUUGUACACUGAUCCUGACAUGGUUGAGUUGUAUCCUGGUCUCAUGAUCGAGGACAUCAAGCCCCAGCGCAACCCUGGCUCUGGUAUCAUGCCAACUUACUCUGUCGGUCGAGCUGUUCUGUCUGACGCUGUUACCCUCGUGCGAUCAGACAGGUUCAACACCAUUGACUACACCGUGUCGAACCUCACUGCCUGGGGUUACAACGAAGUCCAGCAGGACUACAAGACUCUUGGUGGUUCAAUGCUCUACAAGCUCAUCCAGCGCGGUGUACCAAACUGGUUCCCAUUCAACUCCAUCGCAGUCAUGCAGCCCAUGUACACCAAGAAGGCCAACGAGCAGAUCGCCAAGGAGAUCGCACCCCCUAAGGUCGCCGUUCUCACCUCAGGACCCGCUAUCAAGCAGAUCCUCAGCAACACAAAGCAAUACGUCGUCCCCUGGCUCAAGCCUCUCAACACUCUGUUCCCGGGGAAGAAGGACUUUGGCUGGUUCAUGCUUGCGGGCGAUCAGCCUCAGAACUACACUCACCGCGCCAACUUUUCCAAGGCGAUGAGCAAGAUUCCCAACAUGCACAAUGCAGUCCACGCGUUUAUUGAGCGCGAGGGUACCAAGCUCAUCAACAAGGAGACCUUCACUCUCAAGAAGGGUCUUGACCAGAUCGACAUUAUUCGCGAUGUCGCUAUUCCUCUCAACACACAGCUUCUCGCUGAUCUGUUCUACUUUGAUCUUAGAACCGAUGAGAAUCCAGAUGGUAAACUUGGUGUUGCAGAGCUGUACCGCAGUCUUCUCGACAUCCGUAUCUGGGGCGUCAACAACAAUGAUCCCGCCCAGGCAUGGAACCGUCGUCGUCGUGCUCAAGAGGGUGCCAAGAGAAUGAUUGAGACGACAAAGACUAUCGUCGCGGAGGCUGACGCUGGACGUCCUCGGGGUAUCGGACUGGUAUCUGCCGUUGCUAACAGGAUCGGCGCCAGAUCUUACCUCAAGAAGGACUCGCUGCGAUCUUGUGGUCUCAAGCUUGUGGAGGAGUUGCUUGCUCAGGGAAAUAAUGUUGAUCAGGUCACGGAUAACCUCUGGCUUACUGCCUUUGGUGGUAUUGGUGUUCCCGUCACUGCUUUCUACGAGGUUCUGUCGUUCUUCCUUCGUCCUGAGAAUGAGGCUAUCUGGGCUGAGGUCCAGGCCAUUGCUCAGAAAGGUGAUGAUGCUGCUCUUCACGCCUACGUCGCUGAAGCUCAGCGUAUGACGAGCUCCCAGCGCAACGUCCGUGUUGCGACAGCACCAGGCGAGGUACAAGGCCAACCCAUCCAACCUGGCACCGCCGUCGUUCUCAUGCUCGGCGAGGCUGGCCGUAAUCCUAAGGAGGUUCCCGACGCGGGCAAGUUCAACCCCCAGCGCAAGAAAGAAGACGUCUCAGCCUUCAGCUACGGCCAACACGAAUGCAUCGCCAAAGACGUCGCCCUCGCCUUCGUCACAGGCCUCAUCAAGCUCGUCGCCGACCUCAAGGAGCUUCGACCUGCUCCUGGACAGAUGGGAACUGUCAAGACUAUCCAGGUUGGCACUGAGAAGGCUUACCUCAACGAUAGCUGGUCAUACCUCGGCUUUGACGCAAGCACUUGGAAGGUUCACUUCAACGGGCAUGGAAGGGGUCAGUUUGAGGGGGAGAGGGUUCCGACGAAGAGUACCCCUAUUCAGGAGUAUUAUUACUUGCUUCAGAAGAGAAAGGAUGAGAUUUUGGGGAAAUAG